UUCCUUCCUGGCCAAUCAACCGUACAAGAACAGAAACUCUCAUCGAGCAAACUGGAGAGGAAAUGAGAACGGGUCAAUCAUCAUUUGUCUCUUGGAGCUGGCUCAUCUUACAUGCUCUACUUGUUUUACUGGUUACAGAAGGAAAUAGUGACAGGAAGAUCACUAUCGAAAACAGGGAUGAAGAACAUCUACUCCUACCAACCCAUGAUCACGAUCACCUAUCAUUAUCUUCAAACAGGAAUCAGAUGGACCCUUCCCUAAAUGUUUUCUUCAACCCAGUAGAUCUCAGGCUUGGAAAGACUAUGCCCAUAUAUUUUUCCAAAAGAGACCCUUCUGUAUCUCCCAAGUUACUUCCUAAACAAGAAGCUGAUUCCAUACCUUUCUCGACCUCAAACCUUCCAUAUCUUCUUGAAUUCUUCUCAUUCCCUCCGGACUCCCCUCAAGCUAAAGCCAUUGAAUACACACUGACGCAGUGUGACCUUGAACCCAUCAAAGGAGAAUCCAAGUUCUGUGCCACCUCCCUCGAAUCCAUGGUUGAAUUUGCUACUGCCCUAUUUGGAUCAGGCACCCAACUUAAAGUCCUGACCACCUCCCCGCUCUCAAACUCAGCCACCCUUCUACAAAACUACAUCGUUUUGGAAACACCUAAUGAGAUCCUUGCUCCAAGAAUGAUAGCUUGCCACACCAUGCCUUACCCUUACGCAGUUUUCUACUGCCAUAGCCAAGAAAGCCAGAACAAGCUGUAUCAGGUUUUGCUGGGCGGUGAGAAUGGAGAGAGGAUUCAUGCUGCUGCUGUAUGCCAUAUGGAUACUUCUCAAUGGGAUAGAAGCCACGUUUCCUUUCAAGUGCUUGGGUCUGAGCCUGGAACCUCUCCUGUUUGCCAUUUCUUUCCUUCAGAUAAUCUAGUCUGGGUGCCAUUGCCAGCUUAAAUAUCAGUUUACUUGGAGAUGUGUGAAUUUUACUGAUGUAUGGUGCCGUGGAAUGUUGAAUACUCAGAUAUUGAAAUCAGGGAA